CUUUGCCUUUGAAAUGAGAGGAAGCCAGAGAACAUGGCUAAAUCCUGAGAGAUAUGGAGAGGGAAUGUAUACUCCACACUUCCACACAGAAGACACCUAGCUGGGAACUAAACUUGACAGUCAAAAGCUGUGAGUAAUGAAUGGGCAGCCUGAAACGGAGGUAGACUAUAAACGAAAGUACAGAAACCUGAAACGCAAGUUGAAAUUCCUUAUCUAUGAGCAGGAAUGUUUUCAGGAGGAACUAAGGAGGGCACAACGAAAACUGCUUAAGGUUUCUCGGGAUAAAAGCUUUUUGUUGGACAGGUUGUUACAAUAUGAAAAUAUCGAGGAAGACUCCUCUGACUCUGAUGCCACAGCCUCUUCUGAGAUCAGCGAUACCGAAGGGUCAAAGAUCCCAGAGACACCGCCUUUGAAAAAAAAGAAGAGUCCUCAGCUUGGUCGCACUCCAUCACCCUCUUCCUCCAGCCUCUCCCUACAGACAUCUCCUGGGUUUCCUCUUCAGCAUACAGGGACCCCAUCAUCAUCUUACCUAUCUACUAUGUCAUCGCCGCCCAGCAGCCAGUUCCCUACUGAUUACUGGGCCCCUGCUGCUAGGGCUGCUGUAGGGGCCAGUGGGAGUGGUGCCAAACCUGAGAGGCCGAAGAAAGAGAAAAAGCUGAAGAUGGCCAAGCCGAAGAAGCUCAAGCUUCAGAUGCCAUCUCUACCAUCGUCGGGUCACCAGGAGCAUGUGGGAAUGUCAUUUUCUCCACCAUCAAGGCCUCUUUCCUCUCUCUCCUCUUCAAAGUUGCCACCUACCACAAUCCUGAGUACAGUCCCGCAGCAGAUGUUCAGUGAUGGUGGAGAAGGAAGUGAGGACGAUGCUCUAGAGGGAGAUGAUGACCUUGUGAUUGACAUUCCAGAAUGACUGCACAUGCUAAUUAUUGGGGACUACAGACUUACUAUGUACAUGUCUGUACAUAAUGUAUGUUUCAGUGUAAAUUAAUGGAGGUUCUAACUUAUACUUUUUUGUUGUUUUUUUUUUUUUUUUUUUUUUUUGAGGCAGGGCUUCCAUCUCCCCUGUCUGAUGUUAUAUGUUCCGUACUAAUGAAUGGAGUAUAAAUUUGAUUUUUCUUCAGCUUUAU